AACUGCCGUGCAUAAAGUCAUGUAAAACCAGGGGAUACACUAUCACAAGGGCUGGCAGUAAAGACCAUGUUUCCAUGGGUGACAUUUAACGCCACACGUUGACUGAAGAGGCACUGUGCGUUACGCAGCGACAGCGCUGGAUCAUCACUGACCACAGCUGCGCAAAUCAUGAGUAUUUGGUAGCUCUUUAGAGACGCCAUAUGUAGUCUUCGGCUCCUUUGAGUGUUUAUGUCUGUAAAAAUAAUUUUUAAAAAAUGUCUUUUUUGACCAUACCAAGCCAAGAGGGUCUUUUUAAAACGAUAAAAACAGGCAGCUCAGGCGAGGACGCAGAUAGUAGGUCACCAAUGGACGCCGAAGAUAACCAGAAUGAUGACGAUGAUGACGAUGACACCGAGGACGUCCGCUUCAUCCCAAGAUGCUCCCCGGUACCCAGAAAGCGAGGUGCGUCAAUUUUCGAUGAGACCGCUGAGUAUAUGCGGAUCCACUUGGCGCUGUCCGCCGGGAAGAGAGUGUCAUUUGCCGACACAACAGGUGGGGAUUUGGUGGAUGUGAAGGAAUUUGUUGCCUUUGAUUCGGACGAUGAAGACUCUAUUGCAAAGUGGGAGGAAGAGGAGGCAAAGUAUCGGAAGCCUGAGCGAGAGCCGAUCUAUCAUGUGCUCCCAGAGUUUCAUGCACCCACCGGUAAUGCUCUGCUGCAGGCUGUGCGCACCAAUAAAGUGGAGGUUGAGCAGAUGUCUCCAGCUGAGAACGAUCCUCUCGCCUUCACAGGGGUAAUACGAGUGCUGAACAUUUCCUUCCACAAAGCAGUUUAUGUCAGAUCGACAAUGGACAAUUGGGCCACUUACUUUGAUCACCCAGCAGAGUAUGUCCCGGGAUCUCACGAUGGAGAAACUGACAAGUUCUCCUUCACGUUGUCUUUUGCGCCACCUUAUACCACACAUGGCUCUCGCAUUGAGUUCGUUGUACGCUAUGAAACCUCUGAUGGUGAUUACUGGGCUAAUAACUCCUCUAUGAACUAUGUGGUAACUCUGCUCCUGACCUAUGAAGAUGAUUCAGCUCAUACAAACAUCUACACACAGGAAAUGAAAAGUAUCCUGAAACCUCCAAAAGCUUACAGUAUGAACAAUGAUUCAGAGGAUGAACUGGAAAAGGAAGAAGAAGAAGCAGGGACCUCUGAGGCUCGUCCGGGACUUCUCCGGCCUACGCCUGUGUGUCCGGUCAUUGUAAAGCCGGAGAUUGAUGUAGAGCAGAUCGCAGCUCACCCGUCUGGUCCCUUUGUCCCACCCAACCAAGAGCUUCCAUCUGACGAUGGCACGCUGUCCGCUCACACUGUAUUCCCAGGUGAACAGUUUCCUUCUAUGUCUUCCGAAACCACACAUCAAACUAAUUCAUCCUUUGUACUCUGUGCCAGCGAAUCAGUCCAGCCAAAUAAGUCACAGCCUUUACCCAGACUCCACUGUGAAUUAGGCAACCAGACGUCUGAGCAGCGCGUAGACAGUAGUCCCUCUACGCCGCCGCCUGCCUCACAUCCUUUUCUGCAACGAGACUCCAAACCCAGAUCAGACAUCUCCCAGGCUGGCAGAGAGGAAAUCCCUUUAGAACCAUCUUGCAUGUGUCUUCCUGCCACAGAGACAACAACAGGAGAGGAUGGAGCUGGAGAAAAACCAGCCAGUCAUCCUUGCCUUGAACUGCCUGCUGAGCGUGCCUGUACUCCCAGUGUGACACAGGGCUUUGAGCGAGACGUUGCUGUGGGAAUGAGUGAACCUGUUGAAGGAUUAUCAGAAAGUUCCAGCAGGUCUGCAGCAAAUCACGAAGCCAGUACGCCUGCACCUUUGUCUCCCGUGGCUGAGACUCAGACAUCUCUGAAAGCAGAAGGUGAAGCUCUACCAUCACCCGAGCUUCCAGAGAACACCUCAGUGAGUACGGGUGUCACUGAGGUGAGUGAAAACGUAGCUCAGUCUGUCUCAGCCUUGGAAGAGAAGGAAGAAGCUGCACAUAUUUCCCCCGAUACGUCAUUAGAGAAUGAACCAAGCACAGCGUCAGGGUUUUUCGAGCCCCAGUCUGGGCAUAACAGAAACAGGAAUCUUCUGCCAUCUGUCAUAUUUCUGAGUGGAGUUGUCUCCCUCUCGAUAGUGUUGCAGGAACCCACUGCCCUCUUCCUAAUUGGACUAAUUUUCGUUUUGUGCCGUUGGUGAUUUUGCCCCAAAUCUUCUGUCAAGCUAAGUGCCUUUUCAUGGUUUUAAAAUAAGCCAUCAAGCUAAGCAACAUGCACACAAAGUCCUCUUGAAGUUAUGCUUAUUUCAUACAAAGUCAAAUAGAAGGAGAAAGUAAUUAUGGCGAUAUUUUCGUACACAUUGUGUUUUCUAUAGAUAUAAUAAUAAUCACCCCAUUUGCACAACAUUGUGAACCCAGUAUUAAAGCACAAUGUAGUAUUAGAGCUGUUUUGUAAGUGAUCACUAAUGACCUUUUCUUGUCAUGUGGAGAGUCUCUGUGGUGUUAUGUUCUAGUUUAUUUAGUCACUAUCACAAUGCACUUUCACUGUUGUCAAUGUAACAAAGCCUGUUGUUUAAGGACUUUGACUUUUGUGAAUUUCAAGUCGUUAUCGCUUCAAAAACGAAACAAAAGAACAACAGAAAGAUUACCCUAGUGGUAAAUAUAAGAGACUUACUAUAAAAAUGAGAUUUUGUUUACAAAAUGCAAAAGAAAAACAUGGUCAUGUGUGUGUGUUUUUGCCUUAAUACUUAGUGAAAACAAGACGGAAAUGGUAGCCGCUUGAGUGACAGCAAAACAAGUGGAAAACUGUUCACCUCACUGUGGCACUUUUCACUUCACAGGUCUUCCUUCUCGCUCGUAAAUGCAUAUUAUUCUUGUUGUAGCGCAGCACUCAGCUCGUAACAUAAUAGACAAUCUCACAGACAGACGGAGGCACUGAUUGAUACGUUUGGAGUGGUGAAAGUUUUUGCAGUGUAUUGCCAUUAAACAUGGUCUCAUAUCCUGUA